GUGCGCGUGUAGCACGCACGCACCCGGCGCGCCCCUGGCCCGCACGGACGGACGCGCGAUGGCCCGGGAGAGCGCGGCCAGCCCGCUCCGCUCCGGCUCCUUCCAUUGGCGACCGGCGGCCCGGGCUCCCCCUCCGCCGGCCUGCGCGCCCCCGUGCCGCAGUCCGCGUCCGCCCCGCGGGUCAGCCUGGCUCCGGCUCCCGCGCGCAGCGCUGAGCGAGCGGCGCACGGGAGCGAGCAGGGCAGGGCGCGCCCGCCGGCGGUGAGGCCCCUCGCUGCGGCAGGAGCUGCGGUGGCCGCGAGGUGCCAGCCCGUGCGGGGCGGCGGCAGCGGCGGCGGCAGGCCAGAGCGACAGCUCACCGGCUGCAUGGCGCGGUUGCCGGCCAGCCGGGGCGCCCGGCCCUGGCUGCUGGCGCUGUCCAUGCUGGGCUUUGGCCUGAUCCUGCAAGCCGGUGCCAAGCGGCCCCCGAAGACGCCCCCCUGCCCGCCCAGCUGCUCCUGCACUAGAGACACCGCCUUCUGCGUGGACUCCAAGGCAGUGCCUCGGAACCUGCCCUCAGAGGUCAUCUCUCUGACGCUGGUGAACGCCGCCUUCUCGGAGAUCCAGGACGGAGCCUUUGCCCACCUGCCGCUGCUACAGUUCCUGUUGCUCAACUCCAACAAGUUUACGCUGAUCGGAGACAACGCCUUCACCGGACUGUCCCACCUGCAGUACCUCUUCAUCGAGAACAACGACAUCUGGGCUCUGUCCAAGUUUACCUUCCGAGGACUGAAGUCUUUGACACACCUCUCACUGGCCAAUAAUAACCUGCAGACCCUCCCAAGAGAUGUUUUCCGGCCGCUGGACAUCCUGUCCGACCUGGACCUGCGGGGCAACUCGCUCAACUGCGACUGCAAGGUGAAGUGGCUGGUGGAGUGGCUGGCACACACCAACACCACGGUGGCCCCCAUCUACUGCGCCAGCCCGCCCCGUUUCCAGGAGCACAAGGUGCAGGAUCUGCCGCUGCGCGAGUUUGACUGCAUCACCACGGAUUUCGUGCUGUACCAGACGCUGCCCUUCCCGGCCGUGUCGGCUGAGCCCUUCCUCUACUCCAGCGACCUCUACCUGGCUCUGGCCCAGCCAGGCGCCAGCGCCUGCACCAUCCUCAAGUGGGACUAUGUGGAACGGCAGCUUCGAGACUAUGAUAGAAUCCCAGCCCCCUCCGCCGUGCACUGCAAGCCCAUGGUGGUGGACAGCCAGCUGUACGUGGUUGCCGCGCAGCUGUUCGGCGGCUCUUACAUCUACCACUGGGACCCCAACACCACGCGCUUCACCAAACUGCAGGACAUCGACCCUGAGCGCGUGCGCAAGCCCAACGACCUGGAGGCCUUCCGCAUCGAUGGCGACUGGUACUUCGCGGUGGCCGACAGCUCCAAGGCGGGCGCCACCAGCCUGUAUCGCUGGCACCAGAACGGCUUCUACUCGCACCAGGCGCUGCACGCCUGGCACCGCGACACCGACCUGGAGUUCGUGGACGGCGAGGGCAAGCCGAGGCUGAUCGUGUCGAGCAGCUCCCAGGCGCCCAUCAUCUACCAGUGGAGCCGCUCGCAGAAGCAGUUCGUGGCCCAGGGCGAGGUGACCCAGGUGCCCGACGCCCAGGCCGUGAAGCACUUCCGAGCCGGGCGCGACAGCUACCUGUGCCUCAGCCGCUACAUCGGCGACUCCAAGGUCCUGCGCUGGGAGGGCGCCCGCUUCUCCGAGGUGCAGGCGCUGCCCUCCCGGGGCUCGCUCGCCCUGCAGCCCUUCCUGGUGGGCGGCCGGCGCUACCUGGCGCUGGGCAGCGACUUCUCCUUCACCCAGAUCUACCAGUGGGAUGACGGGCGAGAGAAGUUCGUGCGGUUCCAGGAGCUGGCGGUGCAGGCCCCCCGGGAUUUCUGCUACAUGCCCGCGGGCGACGCACAGCUGCUCCUGGCCCCCAGCUUCAAGGGACAGACGCUCGUGUACCGGCACGUGGUGGUGGACCUCAGUGCCUAGGGGCGCCGAGGCUGGGGUUCUUGGAAUGGCCGCGGGAGCCGCGUACGUGUGCCCACGUGAAAGACACAUGUCACCAGUCUGGCGCCGUGCCCUCACCAACACCUCCCCCCACCCCCCGUUAGCUGGGCACACACCAGAGAGCAACCCAGGGAGCCACGUCUCAGCUGUACCCGCAUGAAGACCCAGCGCCUGCUGCCCCGCCGUCAGACCACAUGUCCAGUUCCGGACGAGGCCGGGCAGGGGCUGGCGUGCCCUGCCAUUUCCUGUCGGUGCUCCGGGGGUCUGUAGAUGCCCACGUGCCACUCCACGCUCGCAGCCGCGCCCCGGGCCCUGCCCAGGGCACUCCCCAGGCCCCACUCUCUGCAUGACCCCGACCUGGCAGGCACCUGUCUCCAUCCACACCCCUUCCAGGUUGCACACUCUCAGCGGAGGCAGCUUCAGGGGCACCUUCAUCACCUUGCCUCUCCCAAGAGGGUACGCGGGACCUGUUCUUCCUCCCCUCACACAUGGUGUUCCCACCCGACGGCCGACAGGGAUGAGGAUGUCGUGAGUGUCAUGCCAGCCGCUGGGUACCAGCUUGGCCUCCUGGGGGCAAAGCCCGUCUGCUGGAAGCAACGACAAGUGUGGCCAGUCGCCUGCGCUCCUCUCUUUCCCCAAGUCUCCCUCUGAGCCCGCGUGCAGCUCAGAGGAAAGCCUCUCUCCUUUCUCUCGCCUGCGGGGGCCCCAUGCCCAGACUGGGGAGCCCGGCCUCUGCUGGAGACCCUGAGCUGCGCAGAGCUGGGCUGGCCAGGAGCCCUGCCCGCUGCAAAGGCAUCGGGAGGGGUGGGGCUGGGGUGCAGCUGAGCUGGAGAGUAUCCUGGGCGCCCCCCUGGCAUCCUCCUCUCCUUGGCGGCACACCGAGGCGGAGCCCAGCCUUGCAGGAGCUGAUUGGCAGAGGGGUGCGGGCGGGCGAUGGGGAGCUGGAGCGAGCCUCUGCUGCCCCCUGGUGUGCAGAACUGGCAGCUCAGGUGGGCGGGUGAGUUGCGGGGAGCUGGGCCUCCUGGGUGCAGGAUGCCAGGGCGCUUGUGGGCGAUGCUAUGAUUCCCUUGCUUCAAAUAAAAAGUUCCCACCCGUG